GGCGUCGUUUAGCACGAGAGAGAUCUGAGGAGAAGACUAGAGAGUAAACAAACAACAUUGUUUUGAUCACACCUACCGAUCAAACCCUAAUAAUUUCCCCCAAUUUAUUCAAAUCCACUCUCUAAUCGAUUACUUUCUUGUUCAAUUCUUCUUCGAAUGGCUUCAAAUGGAACUGAAAACAGCUUGGAGAAGAUUAAGAAACAGCUCGCGUCAAGUUCUGGCAAGAAUCUGUUGCAAGGUCCAAUCCUUAAACGUUCUGAAACGUUGAGGAAAUGGAAUGAGAGAUGGAUGAUCUUAGACCCAACCACUGGAAAAAUGGAAUACAAGACUCGGAGAAAUGAGACGGUUGUCAAGGGAUCCAUUAUAUUUGAUGCAAAUAGCACGAUUAUAUUAUCUCCUGUGAAUUUCCAUGGACUACCAAAGUACGAUGGUUGCUGUUUCUAUAUUGGAACGCCACAGAAAACUGAGUACUAUCUUUGUGCUGAAACUCCCGGUGCUGCUCGCGCUUGGGUAUCAACUUUACAAGCAACCCAGCUGGUACUUAAAGCCCAUAAAGAAGCUGUGAAUUCCUUAAGCGGGAAUGGUUCUGCACAAAUGGGAACAGUUGCAACAGUAGUUGCUGCUGCGAACUCGACAGCACUGGAGUCUACUAAAGAAAUUGAAGCAGCAAUGCGAAUAUCUAUGAGGGCAGCUCUAGGGAACAUGAUGGGAAGUAGACCAGCUGAAGCUCAAAUGGAUGAUACAGCAAUCAUGAUGGAAACUCUAAGAGUGAAGGACGAGGAAUUACAAAACUUGGCUAGAGAGCUUCGUUCAAGGGAUUCAACGAUUAAAGAAUUGGCAGAGAAACUAUCUGAAACUGCUCAAGCUGCUGAGGCUGCGGCUUCUGCAGCAUAUGCAAUGGAUGGACAAAGAAAGAUCGUUUGUACAGAAAUUGAGCGUCUGAAAAAGGAUUCAGAACAGCAGCUGGUGUCAUCCAUGUCCAAGUUGAGAGCGUCUGGAGAAAAAUUUACAGUUCUACUGAAAGAGCGCGAGCAAUUGCUGCAGCAAAGAGAUUCUGCGCUUAAAGAAGCACAAUUAUGGCGUACUGAACUUGGUAAAGCUAGAGAACAGGUUGUUAUAUUGGAAGGGGCGGUUGUUAGAGCAGAAGAGAGGGCUAGGCUUGCCGAUGUAGAUGCUGAAGCCAGGGUAAAAGAUGCUAUGGAGAAACAGUUGGCUGCUUUAAAAGAAAAAGAAGAGCUUCUUGCAUAUGUUCAAAUGUUGCAAGCACAAUUCCAAAGACAGCAAGGAGAAAUGAAGCAAGUAUCUGAAGAAGAAGAAGAGACCAAAUCCUGCUCGGUUUCUGACAGCCUUCCUUUAACAAAGCAUGUGGAUUUGUCAGAGGAAAAUGUUGAUAAAGCAUGUCUUAGCGUUUCAAGAUCAGUCCCACAUACAGAUGAUCAAGAAAGCCUUCGUUCAAUAGGAGAUGGAGAAUGGAAUGACAUUCAAGCAACAACAGAUUCAAGAAUAGCGGACGUCAGAGAAAUAGCCCCUGAAGCAGAAGAAAGAAGAAGUCUUGAUAUUUCAGUCGUGAGUUUACAUGUUGAUAAUCAUGACCACCAUGAGCCGCAUGAUGAUAACUCUUUUAAUCAGCCUUGAAAUAUUUACAGGUUAAAUGCGUAACAAAUUAGAUUUGAUUGGUACAUCUACUGCGUAACAAGUUUCUUUCUUUGUUGUUCCAACUUUGUGCUUGGUAUAUGUAUGUUCCUGUUUUGUUAUAGGGUAUAUUGUUUAUGGCUUUAUUGAUUAACUUACAGUAGUAUAUAGCUUUAAACAGAAUGUAUACCGAUAUUCGCUAAUGAAUCUUGAAGGGUUUGCCCGAUA